AUGGCAACGACAGGAGGGGCGACAGGAGGCAAGAACAGCUUCGAUUUCAAGUUCAGCCAGUGUUUUGGUGACAAGGCUGACAUUGUGGUGACGGAGGCAGACAUCAUCACGGCGGUGGAGUUCGAUCCGACAGGCGAUUUCCUCGCGACAGGCGACCGGGGCGGCCGCGUGGUGCUGUUCGAGCGCAAUAACAGCAAGCACUGCGAAUAUAAGUUUCUCACGGAGUUCCAGUCGCACGACGCGGAGUUCGACUACCUCAAGUCUCUGGAGAUCGAGGAGAAAAUAAACCAGAUCAAGUGGUGUCGUCCUACCAACCAAUCGCAUUUCCUGCUGAGCACAAACGACAAAACCAUCAAGCUUUGGAAGAUCUACGAGAAAAACAUCAAGCUCGUCAGUGAGAACAACCUGAGCGAAGGUGCGUUCAAUUCGCUUUCGGGGUCGACUUCCAAGAGUAGCACCUCCAACCAUGGUAACGGGUCCGCGAAAGCAGUGCUGUCAUUGUCGUCGCUCAAGCUUCCUAGGCUCUCGCAACACGACAAGAUCAUUGCGGCCGCUCCGAAAAGGACUUACAGUAACGCGCACACAUAUCACAUCAACUCCAUAUCAAUAAAUUCCGACCAAGAAACCUUCAUCAGUGCCGACGAUCUGAGAAUCAACUUGUGGAAUUUAGACAUACCAGAUCAGUCCUUCAAUAUCGUGGAUAUCAAACCCGCCAAUAUGGAAGAGCUAACGGAAGUAAUUACGAGUGCGGAUUUCCAUCCUCAGCAUUGCAAUCUGUUCAUGUACUCGUCUUCCAAAGGUACCAUCAAACUGGCCGACAUGCGACAAAAUGCAUUGUGCGAUUUUCGCGCCAAGACUUUCGAAGAGUAUUUGGACCCCAUGAAUCACAACUUCUUCACCGAAAUAACGUCCUCGAUAUCUGACGUCAAGUUUAGCCCUGAUGGUCGUUAUAUUGCAUCCAGAGAUUACUUAACGGUGAAGAUAUGGGAUGUGAACAUGGACAGCAAGCCUGUGAAAACCAUCAAUAUACAAGAUCAGCUCAAAGAUCGCUUAAGUGACACUUACGAGAAUGAUGCGAUUUUCGACAAAUUUGAAGUUAACUUCAGCGGUAACAGCUCAAGUUUGAUGACAGGUUCCUACAAUAACACUUUUAUGAUAUAUCCUGAUGUAGUUGGUGGCAAGACCAGCAGCUCGCCGGCCAUGGACGAAAUCGUUCUCCAAGCCGAUAAGACAGCAUUCAAAUCCAAGAAACUGGGAUCGUUGGAACAGCAAAGCGCGCGUAAUAAACAGUGGGGCGAUGAUAUAGAUUUCAAGAAAUCUAUUCUGCAUUUCUCCUGGCAUCCAAGAGAAAACAGCGUGGCUAUCGCUGCAACCAAUAAUCUAUUCAUAUUUUCAGCAUUAUAA